ACUAAGCAGAACGUUUUAGCUUGCGUGAACGAGAAUUUACGCGCUUGGGGUCCCUCGACUUAGGUCUUCGUAACGCCUCUCUGCGGCGCUUGGGGCGCCCCUGACCCGCGGACUAGUCUUGAAAGCUUUGUUGCUUUACAAUAGAGCCGAACGCACGAUGACCGCGGCUUGCGUCCUAUGCCAGGCAACGGGGCCAAGCCUCGUUCUGUGCAUCGUCGAUCGCGCAGUGCUGUGCGGGCCAUGUGAUAUCAAGAUUCAUUCCGCUAACCCGGUCGCUGCGCGCCACCGGCGCAUGCCAGCCUGCGAGAGCUGCGCACGUGCCUCGACGAUCUACUGCCACUGCGACCAGGCGCAUCUUUGCGAGGAGUGUCACUCCUCCAACCCGCUCAGCGCAUCGCAUCAGACGCAGCCGGCCGGGCCGCUGCCGCCGCCGCCGCUGGCUGUUCCGGCGGUCGCACCAAACUCAGCUCGUGAGGGUAACAUGAUUGCCACUGCCGCCGCCGUGCCCGACACGGCUUCCGAGUCUGGGACCAACAAUGGGUCGGGUGCCGUGACUGGAGCGACACCGCAUGCGGCCGCAACCGAAGGCGCUGCCAGCGCGGCCGGCGCGGCGCCUGAGCUGCCCUCGUUCUGGUGGCCUGUGGGCGCUGACGCCGGCCUAAACGGGUUCGGGUUCGGAUUUCCGGAUGACGCCUCCAAAAUCCAGAUCCACAUGUCUGGCGUCACGCCUGAGGCGUCCACGCUAAGCGGUGGCGGCGGCGCCGCCACCGGCCCUGGCGACGCCCUGCGGCGCUCGUCAACCGUGGACAGCGCUGCCGGCGCCGCCGCCGCCGCAGCGGCGGCCGCCGCUGCCCUUGUGCCCCAGGUGCCCGACGGCGCCGACUACUCGGCCGCGGCUUCGCCGAUGGCACUGGCCGAUGCUUCUUACCUGGGUGCUCACGGCGACGACAAGGACGCGGUGCUUGACGCCAUGGCCUUCCACGAGAUUAAGAUGGAGUUCGAGGGAGGCGCCGAGGACAGCCUGGGCGGCGGCGGCGGCUGGGGCGGGCUGGCAUUGCCCGGCGGCGGCUUUGACUUUGCGGACCUGUUGACGGAGGAGGUGGCGGUUGGCGCCGCCGCCGGCGACGAAACCGCCGACCCACAGCGCUCCGAGGGCAGCACGGCCGGCGUGGUCCCGGACCUGGAGGCCGCCGACCCCGAGGCGGAGGCCGUGGCGCGCAGUGCCGAGGUGCCCCGCCCCGCCUCUGAAUUCUUCCAGGACCUCUUCCCGCGCUCCGGUGCUGACACCACCACCGCCUCGGCGGCCGUCAAGGCCGAGCCCGUGGACGCAUUUGGUGGGUUUGACACCGCCGACAUGGGCAUGGGCGCCAGCGGCUAUGAGGCCUUCGCCGCGUACGCCUCCGCAGCCAUCGAGGCGCCGGCGGCGGCGCCGCAGCUGCAGCAGCCGCGUGGAGCGCUAGCAGCGACGGCCGCGGCGCGGCGGAAGCGCUCUUGGCGCGACGACGAGUCCGACCUGAGCGAGCUGGAGGCGGAGGACGAGGACAUGGCGCCGCAGGACGACUCGGAUGACGAGUGGCGCGCCGACAGCGACGACGAUGCCGAGGCGCGCCGCCGCAAGAAGAAGCAGGCAUCUCGCGCCGCCAAGCAGCAGGCCACCGCCGCCGCCAAGGGCACUGCCGCCGGCGGUGCCACCUCCGCCGCCAAGGCCGCUGCAGGCGCCGCUGCCAGGGCGCCCACGCCCACCGGCGCCGUGGCGGCCGCGCCACACCUCGGCGCGCCGCCGCCGGGCUUCACCUCGUUUGUGGGUGUCGACGGAGCCAACCUGACGCGCGCUCAGCGCGUGGCUCGCUACCUGGAGAAGAAGAAGAACCGGCGCUUCGGCAAGACCAUUCGCUACGCAGCUCGCAAGGCGUAUGCGGAGAUCCGGCCGCGCAUCAAGGGGCGCUUCGCGCGCAAAGACGAGAUUGCGGCGUGGAAGGCCGCCAACGGCGGCGACGAUGCCAUCGUGCCCGAGUGCCUCGACAUUGUGCUUUGAGCGCGAGUCAGUGCGUGUAAGCGCGAGUGGGCGCGGGGAGCGCAGGUGUCCAGUGAGUUCCAGUGCCAAGGCUUGUUCCAGAGAGGGCUUGCGGGCUACGGAUUCCGCCGCCGGCGCGGCGUACGUGCCGCAGUUUUUAGUUUUGACGUCGGUUCCGUCUCUCGUGCUUAAAGAUUGCCGUUUGCGCAGGGUGUGGACGUGCCGUGUGGUGUGACGUGAAAGUGCAAGAGAGCGUUUUUGACAACGUGCUCGCAUGCCGUACACAUACACUGGCAUAUACCACAUAUAUCAAGGCAGUCCGGGCCAGCGUUUUGGGGUUGACUGGAGACCAGUCAAUUCAGGCUGGUUACAGCGGAAGCGCUGCUCUUGCGACACAAAAAGGAUAGAUAACGCCGAUUCGGCAAAUGCACUAGCUAGCAGCGUUGUUUGGGGCCUUGUGCGCUUUCGCGCCAUGCGCUUAGGUCGCCAAGGCAUGUUAGGCACGUGGCGUGUGUGCUCGUGGGCCCAAGGUCAAGGGAGGACCAGAGUGAUCGUAUUGAGUGAGCCACCGACGCGUGGAAACGAGAGUUAAGUGAGGCCAAUUUGCUAUCAUUUUGAGAGCGCAAAAAUUUCCAUCAUGACUAGCCCAGCCCUGAGCUUGGGCUGGGCUUUGUACUGAGUUUGGUGAGACGGGCAUGCGCUUGGGAACGGGGAGGAAGGAUGCGUGGGGAUCUGGAUCCAUUAGCAGGAGGUCCCUGCAUGUCUGCCCUUACGUGUGAACUGAAUCCAAAUGCCAGUGCCAAGUUCGUGACACAAUACGGCAAGUUGGCUUGCUUUGCAAGAGCUGCAUGCCUGCUCGUGGCGGAAUGGCAGGAAGGACUGCAAUAUUGUGGGAAGGAGGGCUGUUUGCUGGGCAUCAAUUUAUUCUGCGCUGCGCGCUUUGCAAUUUUAUCCUGCGUCCUGCAGACGGGCGGGGUCAGGACGUGAGUUUGUCUGCACAAUUGGGUCUGUGUGGUUCGGUCUGGCUGGUGACAGGGGUUUGUGACGUGCAGAAACUGAAACGGUCCUGAGCCCUUCGCGUGAAGACGGGGGCCCAGACCACGGCGGCGCUUGAGGAGAUUUGCGUACUUAUGUGUUCGUGUGGCCAGGAGGCUGAUGAGGGCGCUUAGUCCUCGAGUUGUUGUGUCGUGCUUGGGGGCAGGCCCGCAGACGCGGUCGACCUACCCCAAAAACCCAACUCAAGGAGGUCUAAACAUCGGCCACCGCAAGCGUUGCGCCUUGCCUGGCCCGAAAAGAGAAAUACGGAGGCGCAGGCGGUGUACUUGGUUGGUAGGAGGGCAGCGCCGGCGUGGCGUGGCCGCGGGAUUGCAUCGUGUUCCGGCACGUGUUGGCGUUGGCAUGAGAAUGGGUCGGCGGGGUCUUGGUGCUUCUGGUCGGGUCCUUGUGCACACCCGAAAGCACGAGACGAUGGAACACACUGCUGGUUCCAAAGGAGGCUCCUGAUACUACUGGUAUCUAGUUGCGAAGGUGAAAGGUCAACGCAAGUUAUUGCCUUGUUAGGUGCGUGUCUGUCGUGGAUGCGCCUUGGUGUCUGUGGUACCGUAGUUGUGUUCAACUACACGUUGCGUUGCGUGCCAGGUAUGAUGGACAUACGAGGAGGUGGGUUGCGCUCCGCGGCUGAAUGCAUGGCUCGAAAUGUUAGCAGCAGGUAGGGUUAACUUUCGCGGCUCCAGUACAGUGUUCAGUUGAUGUUGAUUUGUGGGUCGCGCCGCACUGGCGCGGUUGAGACUGAGAUAGCGGGAGGCCGGGUAGGGGCUCGAAAGGUUCAGCGUGGAUUGGCCUGGUACUACUGAGUAUUGCAGGUCCUAAUCGCCCAACUGGGCUCCUGUAACACAACGCGCAU